AUGUCUCACACUUCCCUCCAUCGCCAUAGCUCACUCCCUCUCAUCGCCCUCGCGCACUCCCCUCCCGUCGCCUUCGCGCACUUCCCUCCCGUCGCCUUCGCGCACACCCGUCCCGUCGCCUUCGCGCACUCCCCUCCCAUCGUCUUCGCGCACUCCCCUCCCGUCGCCUUCGCGCACUCCCCUCCAAAGAGGAUGAUCACUCCCUCCCGUCGCCCACGCUUCCUUCCUGACGCACGAUCACGCUCCCUCCCCUCCCGUCGCCUUUGCGCGACGCCUCUUUCGCCCCUCCUCACUCUCUUCCAUCGCCCACGCUCACUCCCCUCCCAAUGGGGACUCCCCGCGCCUUGCAACUCUCCUUCCUCCUGCUACGCCACACCCCACACUCUCGUCUCCCCAUCCCUCAUCUCCCCUUCCCUCGUCUCCCCAUCCCUCAUCUCCCCUUCCCUCGUCUCCCCAUCCCUCAUCUCCCCUUCCCUCGUCUCCCUAUCCGUCAUCUCCCCUUCCCUCGUCUCCCUAUCCCUCAUCUCCCCUUCCCUCGUCUCCCCAUCCCUCGUCUCCCCAUCCCUCAUCUCCCCAUCCCUCAUCUCCCCUUCCCUCAUCUCUCCAUCCCUCGUCUCCCCAUGCCUCAUCUCCCCAUCCCUCACCUCCCCAUGCCUCACCUCCUCAUCUCUCAUCUCCCCAUCCCUCAUCUCCCCAUCCCUCACCUCCCCAUGCCUCACCUCCUCAUCUCUCAUCUCCCCAUCCCUCAUCUCCCCAUCCCUCACCUCCCCAUGCCUCACCUCCUCAUCUCUCAUCUCCCCAUCCCUCAUCUCCCCAUCCCUCACCUCCCCAUCUCUCACCUCCCCAUCCCUCAUCUCCCCAUGCCUCACCUCUCCAUCGCUCAUCCAUCCAUCCCUCAUCUCCCCAUGCCUCACCCCAUCUCCGCCGCACCCCGUGGCAUCACCUCCUUUCCCCAUCCCGUCAUUCACUCUCCCUCCGUUCCCCAUCCUUCCAUUCCCCAUGCCUACUUUCACCAUUCCACCAUACCCCAUUCACCAUACUCCUAACCCCAUCUCCUCCUCACCCCAUCUCCUCCUAUACACAUCCGCUUCUUUCCCCUUCCCUCGUCACCGCGUCCCCUCCUCUCCCCAUCCCCUCCUCUCACCAUCCCCUCUUCUCCCCACCCCCUCCCGUCCUCUCCCCAUCCGCCCAUCCCACCUCACCACUUCCCUCCUCUUCCCAUCCAUCCUCUCCUCAUCCCUCCCCAUCCGUCCUUUCCCCAUCCGAUCCUCUCACCCUCCCCUCCAGGUGUUUCCCACACCGCCCUCGGCCCAGCGGCACCUCUUCAUCCCUUGUGCUUUUCUGCACCAGUGA